UCCGACCCGCCGACGAGGCGGACGGACUGCACGCGAGACAAACAGACACGUGCUGGGACGCGCGCGCGCGGACGGACGGACGAGCUCCUGGGUCCCGUCACCUCGCUGUGCCUCCCGCCUGGACGCGCCCGGGCCGCCGCGGGCGGCGCGCGCCGAUGCCCGGCUGAGUCACCCACCGGGCAGCGCGCGGCUGCCUAAGGGGCGGAGGCAGCGCGGCCGACGGGCGGGCGGGGCGCUCGGCUCGGCCCGGCCCGGCCGCAGGUGACCCGGAGGCCCUAGCCGCCCGCAACGCCCCGAGCGCUUUGUGACCAGAUGUGGAGCCGGGCUGAGGGCGCGGGCCAGAUGCGGGGCGACAGCUGACCCGCUGCGAGGAGGCGGGGAGGCGCGGAGCGCGCGGGUGGUCCCUGCGCCGGUGACUUCUCCUCCGCCGGUUCCUGGGCACCUCAAGAUCACCUUCACACGAUGAAGGUCCCCGCUGUGCUUGCACCUGGCCUCCUUGUGCUGCUGUUCACCUGGGUGCAGAGGAGUGAUGGGGAGUGUAAAGAGGCACUAGCGAAGUCCGAGAUGAAUGUGAACGUGAACUAUCAGCUUCCCAACUUCACCGCAGAAACGCCCAUCCAGAAUGUCGUUCUACAUGAGCAUCACAUUUACCUCGGUGCCACUAACUACAUUUAUGUCUUAAAUGAGAAGGACCUUCAGAAGGUGGCGGAGUACAAGACUGGGCCUGUGCUGGAACACCCGGAUUGUCUUCCAUGUCAGGACUGCAGCAGCAAAGCCAAUUUGUCAGGGGGUGUUUGGAAAGAUAACGUCAACAUGGCCCUGCUCUUGGACACAUACUAUGAUGACCAACUCAUUAGCUGCGGCAGUGUCAACCGAGGGACCUGCCAGCGACACGUCCUUCCACCCCAUAAUGCUGCUGACAUACAGCGGGAGGUCCACUGCAUGUUCUCCCCACAAGCAGAUGAAGAGCCGGGGCAGUGUCCUGACUGUGUGGUGAGCGCCCUGGGAGCCAAAGUCCUCCUCUCUGAAAAGGAGAGGUUCGUCAACUUCUUUGUGGGCAAUACAAUAAAUUCUUCUUACCUUCCAGAUCAUUCGUUGCAUUCAAUAUCAGUGAGAAGGCUAAAGGAAACACAAGACGGCUUUAAGUUCUUGACAGAUCAGUCCUAUAUAGAUGUUUUGCCUGAGUUCCGAGAUUCUUAUCCCAUUAAGUAUGUCCACGCCUUCGAAAGCAAUCAUUUUAUUUACUUUCUGACGGUCCAGAGGGAAACUCUGAAUGCUCAGACUUUUCAUACCAGAAUAAUCAGGUUCUGUUCCAUGGACUCUGGAUUGCAUUCCUACAUGGAAAUGCCUCUGGAGUGUAUUCUCACGGAAAAGAGAAGAAAGAGAUCCACGAGGGAGGAGGUAUUUAAUAUCCUUCAAGCUGCAUAUGUCAGUAAGCCUGGGGCCCAUCUUGCUAAGCAAAUAGGCGCCAACCUAAAUGAUGACAUUCUCUAUGGGGUGUUCGCACAGAGUAAGCCAGAUUCUGCUGAACCAAUGAAUCGAUCGGCUGUCUGUGCCUUCCCUAUCAAAUAUGUCAAUGAAUACUUCAACAAGAUCGUCAACAAAAACAACGUGAGAUGUCUCCAGCAUUUUUAUGGACCCAAUCAUGAGCACUGUUUUAAUAGGAUGCUCCUGAGAAAUUCAUCAGGCUGUGAAGUGCGCAGUGAUGAAUAUCGAACAGAGUUUACCACACCUUUGCCACGCAUUGACUUAUUCAUGGGCCAAUUCAACCAAGUGCUCUUAACAUCUAUAUCUACCUUCAUUAAAGGAAAUCUCACCAUUGCUAAUCUUGGAACAUCAGAGGGUCGCUUCAUGCAGGUUGUGGUUUCUCGAACAGUAUCAUCCACCCCCCAUGUGAAUUUUCGCCUGGAUUCCCACCCUGUGUCCCCAGAAGUGAUUGUGGAGCACCCAUUAAACCAAAAUGGCUAUACCCUGGUUAUCACUGGGAAAAAGAUCACCAAAAUCCCACUAAAUGGCUUGGGCUGUGGACAUUUCCAGUCCUGCAGUCAGUGUCUCUCUGCCCCUCCUUUUGUGCAGUGUGGUUGGUGCCACGAUCAAUGUGUGCGAUCAGACGAAUGUCCCAGUGGGACUCAAGAGAUCUGUCUGCCUACAGUCUAUAAGGUUUUUCCAACUAGUGCACCCCUUGAAGGAGGGACAAUGCUGACCAUAUGUGGCUGGGACUUUGGAUUCAGGAAGAACAACAAAUUUGAUUUAAAAAAAACCAAAGUUCUCCUUGGAAAUGAGAGCUGCACCUUGACCUUGAGUGAGAGCACAAAAAAUACGCUGAAAUGCACAGUUGGUCCUGCAAUGAAUGAACAUUUCAAUAUGUCCAUAAUUAUUUCAAACAGUCGGGGCACAGCACAAUAUAGUACAUUUUCUUACGUAGAUCCUGUGAUAACCAGGAUUUCUCCAAGUUAUGGUCCCAAAGCUGGAGGCACUUUACUCACUUUAACUGGAAAGUAUCUAAACAGUGGGAAUUCUAGACACAUUUCAAUUGGUGGAAAAACAUGUACUUUAAAAAGUGUGUCAAAUAGUAUUCUCGAAUGUUAUACCCCAGCCCAAACCAUUUCAGCUGAGUUUCCGGUGAAAUUGAAAAUUGACUUAGCCAACCGAGAGACCAGCAGCUUCAGUUACCGGGAAGACCCCGUGGUCUAUGAAAUUCACCCAACCAAAUCCUUUAUUAGUGGUGGGAGCACAAUAACAGGUGUUGGAAAAAAUCUGAAUUCGGUUAGCGUCCCAAGGCUGGUAAUUAAUGUGCAUGAAGCAGGAAGGAACUAUACAGUGGCAUGUCAGCAUCGCUCAAAUUCAGAGAUAAUCUGCUGCACCACUCCCUCACUGCAACAGCUGAAUCUGCAACUCCCCCUGAAGACCAAAGCCUUGUUCAUGUUAGACGGGAUCCUUUCCAAAUACUUUGAUCUCAUUUAUGUACAUAAUCCUGUGUUUAAGCCUUUUGAAAAGCCAGUGAUGAUCUCAAUGGGUAAUGAAAAUGUACUAGAAAUUAAGGGAAAUGAUAUUGACCCUGAAGCAGUUAAAGGUGAAGUGUUAAAAGUUGGAAAUAAGAGCUGUGAGAAUAUACGCUCACAUUCUGAAGCCAUUUUAUGUACGGUCCCCAAUGACCUGCUGAAAUUGAACAGCGAGCUAAAUAUAGAGUGGAAGCAAGCCGUCACUUCAACCGUCCUUGGAAAAGUCAUAGUUCAACCAGAUCAGAAUUUCACAGGACUGGUUGUUGGUGUCGUCUCCAUAUCAAUAAUUCUCUUAUUAUUAUUCGGGCUUUUCCUGUGGCUGAAAAAGAGAAAGCAAAUUAAAGAUCUUGGCAGUGACUUGGUUCGAUAUGAUGCAAGAGUCCACACUCCACAUUUGGAUAGGCUUGUAAGUGCCCGGAGUGUGAGUCCAACUGCAGAAAUGGUUUCAAAUGAAUCUGUGGACUACCGAGCUACUUUUCCAGAAGACCAGUUUCCUAACUCAUCUCAGAAUGGAUCAUGCAGACAAGGGCAGUAUCCUCUGACGGACCUGUCCCCCAUCCUAACUAGUGGGGACUCUGACAUAUCCAGUCCAUUACUUCAAAAUACGGUCCACAUUGACCUCAGUGCUCUAAAUCCAGAGCUGGUCCAGGCAGUUCAGCACGUAGUGAUUGGGCCCAGUAGCCUGAUUGUGCAUUUCAAUGAAGUCAUAGGAAGAGGGCAUUUUGGCUGUGUAUAUCAUGGAACUUUGUUGGACAAUGAUGGCAAGAAAAUUCACUGUGCUGUAAAAUCUUUGAAUAGAAUCACUGACAUAGGAGAAGUUUCCCAGUUUUUGACCGAGGGGAUAAUCAUGAAAGAUUUUAGCCAUCCCAAUGUUCUCUCACUCUUGGGAAUCUGCCUUCGGAGUGAAGGGUCUCCCCUGGUGGUCCUACCAUAUAUGAAGCAUGGAGAUCUGCGAAAUUUCAUUCGAAAUGAGACUCAUAAUCCAACUGUAAAAGAUCUUAUAGGCUUUGGUCUUCAAGUAGCCAAAGGCAUGAAAUAUCUUGCAAGCAAAAAGUUUGUCCACAGAGACUUGGCUGCAAGAAACUGUAUGCUGGAUGAAAAAUUCACUGUCAAGGUCGCUGAUUUUGGUCUUGCCAGGGAUAUGUAUGACAAAGAAUACUACAGCGUACACAACAAAACAGGCGCGAAACUGCCAGUGAAGUGGAUGGCUUUAGAAAGUCUGCAAACUCAGAAGUUCACCACCAAAUCAGAUGUGUGGUCCUUUGGUGUGCUUCUCUGGGAGCUGAUGACAAGGGGAGCCCCACCUUAUCCCGAUGUGAACACCUUUGAUAUCACCGUGUACCUGUUGCAGGGUAGAAGGCUCUUACAACCUGAGUACUGCCCAGAUCCCUUAUAUGAAGUGAUGCUUAAAUGUUGGCACCCCAAAGCGGAAAUGCGCCCAUCCUUCUCUGAGCUGGUCUCCAGGAUAUCUGCCAUCUUUUCCACUUUCAUCGGAGAGCACUAUGUCCAUGUGAACGCUACCUAUGUGAAUGUAAAGUGUGUUGCUCCAUAUCCUUCUCUCUUGUCAUCACAAGAUAACGUCGAUGGUGUGGUGGACACAUGAAGGAUGGGAACCCCACAGCCUGCUUCUGAGCAACGUCAUCGUACUUGCCCAAAGAACAGUCCACACUUUCUCCGACAGUUUUCAUGACCUAGCCUCAGAAAGGCAAUUUGGUAUUUUUUACUUUUGCCAAAACUGCACCAGUAUAAGACUUUGUAUUGUUAUUUGAACUGCUGGAUUCUAAGGAAUUUCUCAUCUGACAAAGCAUCAGAAAGAGAAGCUUGGUCCCAGGGACCAGUGACCAAUGGCCACCUGCAACUAUGACAACGCUCCUGUUGCAUUGGAGUCCAAAACCUGAAUUCUAGGUUGAAAUUUCUAAAAAGUCAGAAUCUCACUUGAUUUCAUAUGAGACUCUGAUACAACAAAUUUUGAGGGCUUCUUAAUCACAGAAAAUUCAGAAAAGAGUGCUGUCUGCAACAGAUGUGGCAGGACCAGACCACACAUUUAGAAUUCUAGUGUUUUAAAGAAAUUUUGUGUGUCAUUGGUCAGGAACACUUCUUAUUACUGAUGAUGUCAUUUACCCAUUAGGCAGACAUUCCCUUUUAAAUUUUCGUAUGCACAUUCCUUUGGUUGGAGGAAUGUCCAUAGACAAUGCCAAGUUUCAAAAUAGCAUGACACAGGUAUGUUUGUAAAUUAACAGGGAUAUUUACAUAUUGUACAUAGACAACAUUAGGAAGGUUUGAAUAAAAUAGCUUAGUCACAAUGAAAUAUUUAGUUGUCAUCUAAAAAUCAACUGAGAAAAUUACCAUUCUGAUCAAAUGAAUGUGGACAUUUGGACAUUUUGUCUGUAUUUUUUUAAUGUCAACAUGGGAAAUAAACAAGUAAUUUGUGAUGGUAAAUAUUUUUAAAGGUAACCCAGCAUGUUUUUAAAGUAGAAUACGACUGACUGGAAGGUUCAUUGGUUUCAACCACUGUUCCUAUGCAGAACAGAGACAGGAUCAGUGGAUCGAAAUGUUAACCUUCUCAGGUGGCACUUCCCACCUCACAGACAAUUGGGCACAAAAAGUUGGGGGAGUCUGUUUUCCAUUAGAACAUGUUUUGUGUUAAGCAAAACAUAUUUUAGAAACAAACAAAGGUAAUUAAAAAUCCUGGCUAUUUUGCCUGGAUAAAUAAUUACUUUGGUCAGGAAUUUUGUGAUGUUUCAUUCAGUUGAAUUUUGUGCUUACUACUGUAUAGUGCAUGUGCCGUAGUUUAUUCUAACUGGUUUUGUUGAUGUAAACACUGAAAGUAUUAUAUUUUUAUAGAAAUGUUUAUUUUUAAUGAUAUAAGAAAAAUUUUGUUAGGCCACAAAAACACUGCACUGUGAACAUUUCAGAAAAGGUAUGUCAGACUUGGAUCAAUAACAGCAUGAUUUUAAAUGACUGUAAAUAGUGAUAAGGAAAUGUACCAAUUGCCAGUACACUCCACCCUCAUUACAUCAUCAGGACUUGAAGCCACGGGUGAACAGAGCAAGCUGCAAUGAGGGUGUGUUACACUGAAACCCCAUAAUUGAGUUCGGCUGUCCUUGCGGGGAAGUGAUUGCAACCAAAUGAUCUUUGACAAUGGUGGGACUCACCAGAAGGCAGGAGCUGUGCUGCAGAGAUAUAUCAGUUCUACUACUUCCAAAAUGUGAAGAGUAAGAUUAAUUCACAGAAUAUUGUAAAUGGUGAAUGCCGGAAAAACAUCUGCUCUGCAGAAAGAAAGAGCUGUCUCUACAAGGUUAAGAGAUUGAGUGCACCGAGAACAGAGAACUUGCGGAAACCACCCCUCAACAGGACUGCACACCUGUAUAUACGUGCUUGAGAAAGCUGCAAUGUGAAAAUUGUAUUUUCUAUUUAUGAACUUGUCCUUAGGUUAAUGUGUCUGGACAGAUUGUGGGCGUAAGUGACUCUGCUAAGAAUUAGAUACUUGUUCCUGCCUAUAGUUGCAGUUGAACUGAAUGGUACUUUAUAUGUUAAUAGUUGUUGUUCUGAUCAAUCAUACAGUUAAAAUAAAGUGAUGUAACAUCUUGUGUACUGAGA